GACUGGGACAAGUGGUGGGUGAAUCGAGGCCCCUUGAUCCAUCUACAACUACUUACUGCCUGCGCCCUGGGUGCUUUCCGUUGGCGAGCGCAGUGAACCGUGAAGAAGACUUUGCAGUGUCAGGUGUUAGCUGUGUAGCCAAGUUAGCGACAAUAGUCGUUGUCAGCAACCCAUCACACUUCUGUGCUAGAAAGAAAACAAAGGGGAAUUGAAUUCAAGGUACCAGAUACUUGGUGACUGGGAUUACGGGAUGAGAGGUUCAGCGUUCCCGGAACGUCGGAGAGCUCUGGGCGCCGUUUAAUGUCAAAUUGAAACUGGACAACCGUCCAGAAAAAAAAGACACGGAUACAUUCUCUAAAGGUUUCGUUAAGAAAAUGAUCAACUCGUUUUUUCCUCUUAAGAAACUUCGACGUAACGGCAAAUACAUUUUUUUCGGAGUUAUUCUGAUAAUUGGAGCUGUCGCCGUGUAUCAUGAGUUUGUUGCAGCAAAUGCAUGGAGCUCGCAUACCCCAGCCAAUGAAGAUAGCACCUGGAGAAGGACAGCCCCAGGGAGAGAGGUUGGGGGAGACCAUGUAUCUGAUCUAGUCUGGCGCACAAGCUAUACCCCACAACACUGGAGACCAGAGUAUAAGGGCCAGGCCAACCUGCACAUCUUUGAAGACUGGUGUGGCAGCUCCACUGCCCAGCUCCGCAAAAACCUGCACUACCCGUUAUACCCUCACUCAAGAACCACAGUGAAGAAACUUGCCGUCUCCCCCCGAUGGACAAAUUAUGGCCUCAGGAUAUUUGGCUUCCUCCACCCCUAUACUAAUGGAGAGUUUGUGUUUGCCCUGAGCUCUGAUGAUAACUCUGAGUUCUGGUUGAGUGUUGACGAUUCCCCCCUCAACCUGCAGCUGCUGGCCUGGGUGGGAAAGACGGGAUCUGAAUGGACAGCUCCAGGCGAGUUUGAAAAGUAUGUCAGUCAAAUAUCCAGACCAGUUUGGCUGUCUGAACAAAAAAAGUACUUCUUUGAGGUGAUUCACAAGCAGAAUGACAGAGGGACAGAUCAUAUGGAGGUGGCGUGGCAACUGAAUCAGGAAGGCUUGAAAUUUGCGGUUAUUUCCUCCAAGCAUAUCUCUCUUUACACCGAUGAGUCUGCCCUGAAGAUGAGCGAUGUCGCUCACGUGCCACAAACCGCCGCCAGCCACACCGGCUCCCCCAGCAGCCAGCCUAGCAACAGUGACGCCGACAUGCUAAGGGAAGAUCCCCGAGACACCUUCUACCAGAUCCCUCUGAUUGACCACAGGUAUCUCCAGAGUAUGUUGCCAGACUGCUCCUACAAUCCCAGCUACACCAUCAAAGGCUUCCCUCUGCUCCGCUACCAGGGCCUACAGUUUGUCCACAUGUCCUACAUCUACCCGAACGACCACACACGCCUGACACAGAUGGAGGCAGAGAACACGUGCUUCUACCACGAGAGUCCCCUCUACCUCGAGAGGUUUGGUUUCUCCAGGUAUAUGACACUUGACAGGCCAGAGGGGCUGGACAGAGUCAGAGGAAACUUUGGGUUAAACCAGAAAGAGCUGGUUCCAUAUGAGGAGGAGGAGGAGGAAGAGCCGGCGGAGGAAGCCCAGCUCAGAGCCAGGCUCCGCCAGGAUAGAGACAACGCCGUCCUGCCUGACUACGGUGAUGACUACGACGAUUACACUUUGAAACGCAAGCGCAAACUCUUCUCGGUGCUCCCGCGCAGACCUGUAGACGGCCCCUCAUUGAGGGGCAAAUUAGAUACAGUGCUGCACACUGGUAAAAGGAGGAGGAAGAGAGGGGAGGAGCAGAAACGAGUACAAGAGCGUAGACCAGAGAAAAAGAAGCUAGUGAAAGAGCUGGUACUGAAGGAGGGAGACCAGCUAAAACCUGCAGAAAGACAAUCAGAGACAAUGCUCCUUGAACAAGCAGAGAAACCAACAGAGGGAGAGAGGCUUGUACGUGCAGAAAGACCAGCUGAAGGAGACCAGCUCGAACCUGUGAAGAGACCAGAAGGAAAAACGGCAGAGAGAAACGGGCUUAAACCAGAAGAGAAAGUUGUAGACGGACCAGCAGAAAGACCGGUGCAGAGAGACAAACUCAAACCAUCCGAGAGAGCAGCAGAAAAACCAGAACCGGGAGACGAGCUCAAAGCAGCUGAGAGACCAGCAGCAACAGACAGAGCACCAAAGAGAGAGGGUCUCCAGAGGCCAACAGACAAAACAGCGGAAAGGGUGCAGCGCCCCCUGGUGGAGCUAGAGCAGAGUGAAGGAGGCGGGGCUGAGCUGAUCCAGCAUGUCAAACAUCUGCAGCCUGCGCCUGCAGCCAGGGAUGCCUCCAACUCUCCCUCCCCUUCUUCCAGAACGAUGCAGGCAAAGGUUACCCAUACCAGGCUGCGACAGCCUGUGGCCACCCCACGGUCCAUCCAUCCCCGGCCUGAGACCCCCGAAGCCCCCAUGGGGAGGCCGGAGCCCAGGAUCAUUACAGCCAGGAAGAGGGGGCGAGAGAGACAACUGGACUCACCGCCACAACUAGUUCUGGACGCAGUCCACAGGGGCCUGGCCCCGCCCCCUGCUGUGAGCACAGGGGAGAGGGGGGGGUCUCAGGUGAGGAGGGAGAAGGGGGCGAUUGGAGAGAGAGAUGGAGGAGGGGAAAGAGACAUACGAGUGGAAGACCAACUAUGGGGCCUGGAUGGAGAGGAGGAGGCAGGAGAGGACGACAUGGCCUACGACCUCACUCCGGCGCCUGUCUUCGACCCUGAGGUGAACUGGGAUCAGACCUUCCAGGUGACCCCCCUGGACCUGCAGAUGCUGCGUUCUGAUUGGAUCGACCUGCGCUGUAACGUGUCAGGCAACCUGUUGAUGCGUUCCAGCGAUGCCCUCCCCAUCGUCAAGACCUUCAUCGACAAACUCAACAAGAGGCACCACAACCGUUUCUCCCUCGUCAGGGUGGUGAAUGUGGAGAGGCGUGUAGACGGAGCCCAGGGCAGCAGGUACCUCCUCGAGCUGGAACUCAAGGAUCUGACUGGACAACACUUGCGCCUGUCACACUACAUCUAUGCCCUGAUUCGCCGACCACGCUCCAGGGGAAAACAGUACCCUCGACACGUCCCUGAAACGGUGCUAUGCAACCCUGUGGGGUUUCGUUGGAAUCCUACUGCCAUGGUCCACUUCAUAGUACCAGUUAAGAAUCAGGCUCGCUGGGUGCAGCAGUUGAUAGUGGACAUGGAGGACCUGUACCGUGACACACAAGAUCCCAACUUCAACCUCAUCAUCACUGACUACAACAGCACUGACAUGGAUGUGGAGAAAGCCCUGCUCACCUCCACUCUCCCCAGGUACCAGUACGUGAAGCUAAGUGGGAACUUUGAGCGCUCCGCUGGUCUACAGGCAGGCAUCGACCUCAUUACUGACGAGCACACCAUAGUGUUCCUGUGUGACCUCCACAUCCACUUCCCCCCCUCCAUCAUCGACGCCGUGAGGAAACACUGUGUGGAGGGCCACAUGGGCUUCGCUCCGAUCGUCAUGAGGCUGGACUGUGGAGCCACGCCCUCAGAGCCCCGAGGCUACUGGGAGGUGAAUGGUUUUGGCUUGUUGGGGCUUUAUAAGUCUGAUCUGGAUGCUGCAGGAGGCAUGAACACCAAGGACUUCAAAGACCGCUGGGGAGGAGAGGACUGGGAACUUCUGGACAGGCUUCUGCAGUCAGGUCUGGAGGUGGAGAGGAUUUACCUCAGGAACUUCAUGCAUCACUAUCACUCAAAGCGUGGCAUGUGGAAUCGACGCACACAACACAACAACACGUAGCCAUGACAAUGCCAUGGGCAAGGCCAUGGCGACCAGUGCACUUUACCCCCGGCCUAUCCUGCCUUACCUGCCAUACCUUGACCAAUACUCACUGACAAAGGGUCAAAAGGGCAGGACUGUGGUGAUUCCUGAUACAGGAUUGAGAUGUAUCUCCUGUCACUCAAACUCUCAGAAACUGUGACUACAUGAGUUGAUGUUGUAGAUCACUGCCUGGAAGAUGCUACUGAUCAUUGUUUUUGUAAGACAAAACUGUGUACUUUAUCCAUGCUAUACUACUGAAUGACUGCCUUUUUGAUAUCCUUCGUUAAGAGGAUACUAGUGAUGAAGAAUCAUUUACGAAGCGAUAUCGGUGUUCACCAGUGCCUGAAGAUAAUACUGUUGACUAUGCUCCGGGUUGGAGCAUUAUAACCUGCACUGUGCUAAGCUGAUUUAACCAAGGGAACGAUGGCCUUUGUCCAAUCCUACUCAGGAACACCUUCGUACACACACAAACACACCCACACACACACAUAUUUCAGCUACUCACGGACACAUAUUGCGACUGUAUAUUUGUUGUUGGCUGAAUUUUGGUUGUGCCUGUGUGGGCAGGUGUUUGCUUUGGUCACUGUAGAUUUGCAAAGGGCCUUGUUUGUACAAGAUUGAGACUGUAUUUAUUGUAUCAAUGACAAUAUUUAUUGACUGGUAUGUUUUGUCACUGCAGGAAUGUUUCCAACGUCUUUUUGAAAGACUAUCUGACAUAUGAAUUAAUUGGAUCGAGUGAUGAAAUAAGACUUGUAAUAUACAAUAUAUUUAUUCAGGUAUUGGGGGUAAAGGGAUUAAGACAAAGCAUCAAACGUCAACCAAAUGUGCUUUAUCGAACCUGUUGAAUGUAACGAUGUGCCUUCUCUGUGAUAAUUAUAAUGAGCAUCAGGUGGGUAGAACUGGUGCCAUUAUCAAGGGUCUUGAGUGACUUGCUAAAAACAAAGAUGUGAUCAUCAGCCCUGUGCGGAGGGUGAGGCCCUCUGGGAUCCAGACUGGGUAGUCAGGAUCCACACCUCAUGUAUUCUAGAUGUAGCCCAGAUCUGGGGGGUGAAGCAAUAGACAGUAAAAGGUCAUUUUGCAUCCGUCUGAAUAUCCCCAUAUGUUGUAGAAAAACGUGUCAGAUGGUAAAGGAUUUAGGAAGAAGAAAAAACUGUAAAUGAAAAACCCAAGCAUAUGAUGUUUUGUACUGUAUAAAUCAAAUGUUGUUUUCAAGGCAGCUUUUUGCUACAUUUCACAUUCCCCGUUAGAGCCUGUCCUUUCUAUUACAUGAUGUGUCCUGAGUACAAAUACAAAGAUGUCGGGGCUUUCGCAAUCUGAGACUGACGGGACGGGUGGGAUACAAGAUGGCCUCCUGGUCUUUCACCUGUCACUCUAUGUUACCUCGUCCUUCUCCUUUUUUGGUAUAUUUGGGUAUUACCUGUUUUCUCAGGAAAAUAUCUACGGUCUUGACAAAUUCAAUAAAGAAAUUGUUUUAAUUUC